CACCUGUAAAUUGUAAAUAAAUAUUAAUUAAUACUCAAAUUACAAUAGAUAAUAUUUUAAAUGGAGGAAAAUAAUUAUUCUUACUAUUUAGAGUUAUCCACAGAUCCAAUAAGAUUUGAAGCAGUAAACCAGUUGACAAAUGUGUUUUUUGAUGAUUCAAAUAAAGAUGUAUUUGCUGUGCGGUCUGGAGGAGUGAUGGGUGUAGUGGUAAAAAACGCAGACGAAUUUCAAUCUUUAGACUUUAGGAUGGAAGAUCACGGUCCUGUCUUGUCCAUGAAAUUCUCCCCUGAUCACAAAAUUCUUGCUGUGCAAAGAACCAGCAGUUCUGUAGAGUUUAUGAAUUUUAAUGGCACAACACUUGAUGUCGAGUAUACUCAGGCUUGCAAAAAGAGUUCUAAUAUAUUAGGAUUUGUCUGGUCUCAAGUAAAUGAAGUUGCCUUUAUAACAGAUCAUGGAAUAGAGUUGUAUAUGAUUAUACCAGACAAGAAGUCUUUGAAACAUUUAAAAACUACCUCGGCGACAGUUCAGUGGUUUGUGUGGUGUAAUGUUAAUAAAAUUGCACUGUUAGCUUCGGCUCAUGGGUCACAUUUACUUCCUGUUGUUAUUAAACAAGGAACAAUUAACAAGUUAUCAAAAGUUGAUACUGAACCAAGUAGAAUGGCCCUUGAGAGAGACAUAACUUUAGGAACACUGUAUGGUACACCUGCAGUCUUAAUAUUAAGGCAUCAAAAUGGACCAAAUGCCGCUGAAGUUCAUAUUCACACUUUAAAUGGACCAGGACAGUCCCCACUUAAGACACAUGUUUUAAAGUUGGGGUUGUCAGGGCGGUUUGCUAUUAAUAUUGAAGAUGACAUAAUUUUAGUCCACCAUCAAGCCUCAAGAAGCUCUGUGAUAUUUGAUAUUUCGUUACCAAGCGAGAGUGACGGUACUGUACACUAUCAUUCACCAAUAGCUCCUGCUAAAUCAAUGAAACCUGCCAGUCUAACCUUACCUGGCCUCAUGGCAAAUGAAACACACAUGUGCGAAUUAUAUUCACCGAAUUGGGUAGUAUUCCAACCAAAUAUUAUAAUAGAUGCGAAAUUGGGAUGUCUUUGGCACAUUUCGUUGUGUUUACAGGAAUUGUGUGAUCAUAUAACCGACUUGGGCGUUUGCACACAGGUCAUGUUAAAGAGGACGAAUGGAAAGACGGUUCUGUUAAAGGUACUUAUGAAUCAUAUUAAUCAAGAAAAACUACAACUAGACAAACUUCAAGAAUCUUUUACCCACAUCAACAACAUAUACCGAGACUUUAUCGAAGCCGAAUUGCAACCAAACAUAGCCUCUCCCGCUAAUGUUCCAGUAACUCCAAAAAGCACUCAGCAAAAACCAAGGGUACUGAUAACUCAAGAGGAUAUGAUGAACGAGAUAUUCCAGAAACUAGACACCGAAAAGGAUAUGGCUAAAAUAGAGUGGUUGCUAGUGAGCUAUUUGACUUCCCUUUCGGAAUGUAGCAUACUCACCCAGUAUAAUUUAAACGAACUCCUAGUGACUUGUUUGGCUAGACAAAAGAAGUUCACAGUACUUCAACAGAUGCUUCAAUACGGCGUAAUUUCCGACUCCAAAUCUUUGGCAUGCCUUUUACUCUCUUUAGGAAACAUGCACUCUGGCACCUCCCAAAUGGCGCUGGAUAUGCUAACAAGAUUGGACGCGAAAGAAGAAAUCCAGGAAGUAUUGUUGAGCGAAGGCCAAAUUUUGACAGCUUUAAAACUAGCAGACAACGCUGCGAACCCUAGGAAGUUCUUGACGGCUGCUGAACAAGAUGGAGAUGUCACUCUUCAACAUAGCGUUCUCAUUUAUUUAAAAAACAAUCCUGAAUUUGAGGCUGUUUUCCAAAAAGAUGAGCGUUUGUCAAACUUUAUCCAACAAUACAACUCCAUAUUUGACAGAAGUAGUCAUUAAAUCUAGUUAAAUUUUUUUUAUAAAUUUUUCAUGUAUAAAAAUAAAAUAUUGUCUCCAAAUAUAAAGACUGGAAGAAUCAUCGUACGUAAAAGAGUUCUAGAACUUUGUAAUAAAGACGAAUUAGGUAAUUUUAUUAGCAAAUUUUUCUUUAUACUUAGCUUUAUUUUUAUUAAUUUUUUUGAAUUAUAUAGCUUUAUAUAUUUAUAAACAUAAAGAUUCUUAUUUAUUGUAACAAGAUUUAUUGUUUUUAUUAUAUAAUUGUUUCUUGA